AUGGGCCUAUUGUUGGAGGUGUCCUUAGGAAGUGGAACACCUUCUGGAAUAAGGAACCCCUGGAUUAAAGCACACUUAGCUGGAGUUUCAGGCUAUGACAUUGUGGCAUGUGUAGACGUGAAUCAAGAUAUUCAAAAAGAAGCUCAGGAAACUCAAAAGUCUAACAAAAAGCUUAAAAGUGCAUCCAGCACAAGCAGUGCUGGGAAGAGAAAAAUCACCUCAGCUUCAACAUCAAAAAUUAAGGACAAAAUUGUCACAGAGGAAGAAUUUGAAAUUAUCCUCGAUGAUAUUGUGGAUGGACUAGUCACCAAUGUAAUUUCACUUGUCACUGAGCAUACCAAUUUUGAUUGGGAUUUCAAGGACAAGGAGGAGUUGAAAAAUCUUCUUGGUACAUUAUGUAAGAUUCAUGUCAUGUUACCUGAUGCUCAGGAAAGGCAAGUAAGUGAUGAGUCUGUCAAGAUCUGGUUAACAGAGCUUAAAGAUGUAGUUUAUGAUGUUGAUAAUGUGCUAGAUAAGUUCAAGUAUAAGAUUGUUGGGCAAAAGGUACAUAUUCAAAACCAAAUGAUGAAUCAGGUACCUAGCAUUUCAUUUAGUAAUUUUGAUGAGGUUAAGACCACCAAACAUAUGUUGGAUAAAUUUGUGAAUGAUGUAGAUGGCUUGGGCCUUAAAAUUGUGGAUUCAAAGCCCAAGAUUAGCCUACACAAUAUAGACUCCCUCAAUGAUUCAGAAUUUAUAGGAAGAGAACACGGUGAUGAUCUCUUUCUGAAAUUAAAGUCAACACUUGAUCGUCUUACAAUACCAUCUUUAAAACGAUGUUUUCUAUAUUGUGCAAACUUUCCCAAAGAUUAUGACAUUACAAAGGAUGAACUAAUUCAGCAUUGGAUGGCUCAAGAGCUUCUUAAACCAUCUGAAGAAAGUAUGGUGAUGGAGGAUAUUGGUAACAAGUAUUUUAAUACUUUGUUAGACAAAUUCUUUUUACAAAAUGCAAAAAAGGAUGAGUAUGGUAAUAUUAUCAGCUGCAGAAUGAAUGAUUUGGUACAUGAUUUUGUGCUCUCAAUUUCAAAAUCAAAAUCUUCAAGUUCAGAUAAUUUCAGCCAGGUACGCAGUUUAUUUGUUGGAUUUGAUGGCCAAACAACACCAGGAAUUUCAUUUAAAGGUGAUGGUUUCACAAAAUUGUGCACAUUAAUUUUAGAGAAUGCUGACUUUGGGAACAUAUUAUCAGAAUUUAAAAGCUUACAUGUUUUAAAGUUAUAUAGAUAUAAGCGGAUAGAGCUGCCAGAAACAAUUGGUGUGUUAAUACAUCUUAGGUUUCUUCACAUCUCGGACUCUGAAAUUAAAUAUUUACCGAAUUCAAUCACUAUGCUUUUCAAUUUGCAAACUUUAAGAAUCAAAGAAUGCCCUAAUUUCGUGGACCUUCCAGAAGACCUAAGCAAUUUGAUUAACUUGAGGCAUAUUUGCAUUAUUGAUUGUGAAAUUGCAGCACCUAAAAAUGUGGGGCGGUUGACUUGCCUUCAAACGUUGCCAGAUUUUUGUGUGGGACGAGAUGAAGGUUAUCAAAUCAAAGAAUUGGGACCUUUAAAGAAUCUCAGAGGAGAAAUAAACAUAUGCAAUCUAGAGAACGUGGAAGAUGAGGAAGAAGCCAAAGUGUUGGAAGGCCUCCAACCUCACCCAAAUUUGAAAAGCUUAACAGUCUCAUGUUAUGGAGGAAAGAAAUUCCCAUCAUGGGUUGGUUUGUCUUCGCUAUAUCACAAUUUGAUUGAGAUCAAUUUGAGCUAUUGUUGGGAAUGUGAAGAAGUUCCCACUCUGGGGCAAUUACCCUGUCUUAGGGUUCUUGAAAUAAUAGGAAUGGGGAAGGUAAGAUGUAUAGGAAGUGAGUUUUACAUUUACAGUGAUGGGAGUUACAGAAAUACUGCAUUAUUUCCGGCAUUGAGAAUACUCAAAUUGGAGGAGAUGGAAACCCUAGAAGAGUGGAAGGAUGCAAAGGAGUUGACAACCGCAGAUGAGGUGUUAGUCACUGCACACCUGCGUUUCCCUUCGGAAGUUGGUAGUACAGGAUUGUCCUAA